AUGAGGCUCCUCUGGGGGCUGAUCUGGGCAUCUGGCUUCUUCGCCUUGUCUCUGCAGAAGCCCAGGUUGCUCCUGUUUUCCCCUUCUGUGGUUCACCUAGGGGUCCCCCUGUCAGUCGGGGUGCAGCUCCAGGAUGCUCCUUCGGGACAGGUAGUGAGUGGAUCCGUGUUCCUGAGAAACCCAUCCACAACAGCUCAUGAGUUCUGCUCCCCAAAGGUGGAUUUCAGCCUCAGCUCAGACAAAGACUUCAUCCUCCUCAGCCUCCCGACCUCCAUGAAAGGUGCGGAGGACUGUCGCCUCCAUCUCCUCCACAGAGCCCCCAAGGUCCAGCUGGUGGCCCAGUCGCCAUGGCUAACAAACAGACAGACAAACAGUCAGGGUGUCAACCUGUUCUUCUCCUCUCGCCGGGGGCACCUCUUUCUGCAGACUGACCAGCCCGUUUAUAACCCUGGCCAGCGGGUUCGAUACCGAAUCUUUGCUCUGGAUCAGAAGAUGCGUCCGUCCACUGAUACCCUCACGGUCACGGUGGAGAACUCUCGUGGCUUCCGCGUGCGGAAGAAGGAGGUGUAUGUUCCCUCCUCCAUCUUCCAGGAUGACUUUGUGAUCCCAGACAUCUCAGAGCCAGGGACUUGGAAGAUCUCAGCCCGAUUCUCAGAUAGCCUGGAUUCCAACAGCAGCACCCAGUUUGAGGUGAAGAAAUAUGUCCUUCCCAACUUUGAGGUGAAGAUCAUUCCGGAAAAGCCCUACAUCCUGACAACGCCUGACUUUCUUAGUGAAAUCCAAGUAGUCAUCCAGGCCAGGUACAUCUACGGGAAGCCAGUGCAGGGGAUGGCAUAUGUGCGCUUUGGGCUCCUGGGUGAGGACGGUAAAAAGACUUUCCUUCGCGGGCUGGAGAGUCAGACCAAGCUGGUAGAUGGCCAGUGCCGAAUUUCCCUCCCAAAGGCUGAGUUUCAGGGUGUGCUGGAGAAGCUUAAUAUUAAUAUUAACGACCUCCCAGGGCUGCACCUCUAUGUUGCAGCAGCGAUCAUUGAGUCUCCAGGAGGGGAGUUGGAGGAGGCGGAGCUCACAUCCUGGCGUUUCGUGUCAUCUCCCUUCUCCUUGGAUCUAAGCAAAACCAAGCGACACCUUGUGCCUGGGGCCCCCUUCCUGCUGCAGGCCCUGGUCCGUGACAUGUCAGGCUCACCAGCCUCUGGCAUUCCCGUCAAAGUUUCUGCCAAGUUGUCUUCUGGAUCUACUUCUAAAAACCAGGACUUUCAACAGAACACAGACGAAAGCGGCCAAGUCGUUGUUCCCAUUAUUGUCCCUCAGGCCACCUCAGAAGUGCAGCUCUCGGUGUCUGCAGGCUCCCCCUACUCUGCCAUAAGCAGGCUCACCGUGAAAGCCCCCCUGUCCAGAAGAUCCGGGUUUCUGUCCAUUGAGAGGCUGGAUCCUCGACCCCCUAAAGUCAGGGACACUCUUAACCUAAACCUGCGAGCCGUGGGCAUCAGUGAGAGCUUCUCUCACUUCUACUACAUGAUCGUGUCCCGGGGCCAGAUCGUGUCUGUACAUCGAGAGCCCAGGAGGGACCUGACCUCUGUCUCCGUGUUUGUGGACCAUCACCUGGCGCCCUCCUUCUACCUUGUGGCCUUCUACUAUCAUGGGGGCGUCCCGGUGGCCAACUCCCUGCGAGUGGACGUCCAGGCUGGGGGCUGUGAGGGCAAGCUGGAGCUGAACGUGGAUGGUAGCAAGGAGUAUCGUCCUGGGGACACUGUAAAGCUCAACCUGCGAACAGAUUCUCCAGCCCUGGUGGCCCUGGGAGCUGUGGACACGGCUCUGUAUGCUGUGGGCGGCAAGUCCCACAAACCCCUCGACAUGGUCAAGGUCUUCGAAGCUAUGAACAGCUAUGACCUUGGCUGUGGUCCUGGGGGUGGGGACAGUGCCCUUCAGGCGUUCGAGGCAGCUGGUCUGGCCUUUUCAGAUGGAGACCAACUGACCCCAGGCAGAAAGGGUCUAAGAUGCCCCAAGGAGACAAAGGUCCGGAAAAAGAGAAACGUGAGCUUCCAAAAGGCGGUUCAUGAGAAGUUGGGCCAGUACGCUUCCCCCAUAGCCAAGCGCUGCUGCCAGGACGGGCUGACGCGGCUGCCCAUGGCACGCACCUGUCAGCAGCGGGCGGCCCGUGUGCAGCAGCUGGCCUGCCGGGAGCCCUUCCUGUCCUGCUGCCAGUUUGCUGAGGGCCUGCGCAAGAAGGCCCGGGUGAGGGGCCAGGUGGGCCUUGCUCGAGCCAAGGAGCUCCUGCAGGAGGAGGACCUGAUCGACGAGGAUGACAUCCCUGUGCGCAGCUUCUUCCCUGAGAACUGGCUUUGGAAAGUGGAAGCAGUGGACCACUUCUCCCAAUUGAGACAGCUGCUCCCGGACUCUCUGACCACGUGGGAAAUCCAUGGCGUGAGCCUGUCCAAAAGCACAGGCUUGUGUGUGGCCACCCCGGCCCGGCUCCGAGUGUUCCGUGAAUUCCACAUGCACCUCCGCCUGCCCAUCUCCGUCCGCCGCUUUGAGCAGCUCGAGCUGCGGCCUGUCCUCUACAACUACCUGGAUACAGAUAUGACCGUGAGCGUCCACGUGUCCCCAGUGGAGGGGCUGUGCCUGGCUGGGGGCGGAGGGCUCGCCCAGCAGGUGCUGGUCCCUGCGGGCUCUGCCCGGCCCAUUGGCUUCUCUGUGGUGCCCAUAGCGGCCGCUGCUGUGUCCCUGAAAGUGGUGGCUCGAGGAUCCUUGGAUUUCCCUGUGGGGGACGCAGUAUCUAAGGUUCUACAAAUUGAGAAUGAAGGGGCCAUUCACAGGGAGGAGUUUGUCUAUGAACUCAACCCCCUGAACCCCCGAGGCCGGACCUUGGAAAUUCCUGGCAUCUCUGAUCCCAAUAUUAUCCCUGAUGGAGAUUUCAGGAGCUUUGUUAGAGUCACAGCCUCAGAUCCAUUGGACACUUUGGGCUCUGAGGGGGCCUUGUCACCGGGAGGCAUGGCCUCCCUCCUGAGGCUUCCCCAGGGCUGCGGGGAACAAACCAUGGUCCUCUUGGCUCCAACGCUGGCUGCUUCCCGCUACCUGGACAAGACAGAGCAGUGGAGCAUGCUGCCCCCUGAGAUGAAGGACCACGCUGUGGAUCUGAUCCAGAAAGGCUACACGCGGAUCCAGGAGUUUCGAAAACCAGAUGGUUCCUAUGGGGCUUGGUUAGAGCGGGACAGCAGCACCUGGCUCACGGCCUUUGUGCUGAAGACCCUGAGUUUGGCCCAGGAACAGGUGGGCGGCUCGCCUGAAAAGCUGCAGGAGACGGCCAAGUGGCUGCUAUUGCAGCAGCUGGCUGAUGGGUCAUUCCACGACCCCCAUCCAGUUAUUCACAGGGGCAUGCAGGGGGGCUUAGUGGGAAAUGAUGAGACUGUAGCACUCACAGCUUUUGUGGUCAUCGCCCUUCAUCAUGGGCUGGCCGUCUUCCCGGACGGGAAUUCAGAGCAGCUGAAGAGAGUGGAAAACUCCAUCUCAAGCGCAAACACCUUCUUGGGGGAAAAAGUAGGUUCUGGGCUCCUGGGGUCCCACGCAGCCGCCAUCACAGCCUACGCCCUGUCGCUGACUGAGGCCCCUGAGGACCUGCAGGAUGUUGCCCACAACAACCUCAUGGCCAUGGCCCAGGAGACUGGCGAUAACCUGUACUGGGGCUCAGUCACCAGUUCUCAGGGCAACGUCCUGUCGCCCACCCUGGCUCCUCACAGCCCGGCAGACCCCGUGCCCCAGGCCCCGGCCCUGUGGAUUGAAACCACAGCCUACGGCUUGCUGCACCUGCUGCUUCGAGAGGGCAAGGGCGAGCUGGUCGACCAGGCUGCAUCCUGGCUCACCCGCCAGGGCAGCUUCCAAGGUGGAUUCCGCAGCACCCAGGACACGGUGAUGGCCCUGGAUGCCCUGUCUGCGUACUGGAUCGCGUCCCACACCACUGAGGAGAAGGGGCUCAACGUGACCCUCAGCUCCAUGGGCCGCAGUGGACUCAAGUCCCACGUGCUGCAGCUGACCAACCACCAAGUUCAGGGGCUGGAGGAGGAGCUGCAGUUUUCCUUGGGCAGCAAGAUUAAUGUGAAGGUGGGAGGAAACAGCAAAGGAACCUUGAAGGUCCUUCAUGCCUACAAUGUCAUGGACGUGAGGAACACGACCUGCCAGGAUCUUCAGAUUGAAGUGACGGUCGUGGGCCACGUCCAGUACACAAUGGAAGCCAAUGAGGACUACGAGGACUAUGAGUAUGAGGACCUUCCGGCCAGGGAUGACCCGGGGGCCCAUUCCCAGCCCGUGACACCCCUGCAGCUGUUUGACGGACGGAGGAGCCGCCGCAGGAGGGAGGCCCCCAAGGUGGCUGAAGAGCAGGAAUCCAGGGUGCAGUACACCGUGUGCAUCUGGCAGAAUGGCAAGGUGGGGCUGUCAGGCAUGGCCAUCGCAGACAUCACCCUCCUGAGUGGAUUCCAUGCCCUGCGGGCGGACCUGGAGAAGUUGACCUCCCUCUCUGACCGUUACGUGAGUCACUUUGAGACCGAGGGGCCCCACGUCCUGCUGUACUUCGACUCGGUCCCCAUGUCCCAGGAGUGCGUGGGCUUCGGAGCUGUGCAGGACGUGGCCGUGGGGCUGGUGCAGCCAGCCAGCGCCGUCCUGUAUGACUACUACAACCCGGAGCACAAAUGUUCUGUGUUUUACGGGGCACCAACUAAGAGCAAACUCUUGUCCACUUUGUGCUCUGGUGACGUCUGCCAGUGUGCUGAGGGGAAGUGCCCUCGACAGCGCCGGGCCCUGGAGCAGGGGCGGCAGGAUAUGGAAGGUUACAGGAUGAAGUUCGCCUGCUACUUUCCCCGAGUGGAUUACGGCUUCCAGGUUAAGGUUCUCCGAGAAGACAGCAGAGCUGCUUUCCGCCUCUUUGAGACGAGUAUCACCCAAGUCCUGCACUUCACCAAGGAUGCCAAGGCCACUGCCGGUCAGACCAGAAACUUCCUGGUUCGAGCCUCUUGCCGCCUUCACUUGGAACCUGGGAAAAAAUAUCUGAUCAUGGGUCUGGACGGGACCACGCAUGACCUCAAGGGAGACCCCCAGUACCUGCUGGACUCGAACAGCUGGAUCGAGGAGAUGCCCUCGGAGCGCCUGUGCCAGAGCACCCGCCAGCGGGCAGCCUGCGCCCAGCUCAGAAGCUUCUUCCAGGAGUACGGCACGCAGGGCUGCCAGGUGUAAGGGCUGCUCUCCCAUCUUCCCCGGAGGAGCCAGAGCCAGGGAAAGAUCACGCCUGGAUCACUGCCGUGCCCGGGUCCCCACACGCAGCCCCAGGCAGC